UGUGCAUGUAAAUUCGUCUCUUCUUUCUACACAUUUUUCUACACAUCAGUUAUAUUCUGGACAUAGGUGUUUCCCUUCUUUUUUUUUUUUUUUGUUGAAAAAAUAAAUAAAUACAUCAUGAUUACAAUGCAGCAUACAAGUGCAAAGAGAAAUCAGAGGCUUUCCGGGAAAUGUGCUGUCUUGCAUUGUAAUCAUAAUGUAUUUAUUUAUUAUUUGUUUUUUUUAAGAUGUCAGAAUUAUCUUCCUGAAAGAGCAGCGGUUUCAAAGAAACAGCAGUGUUUUGAAGUAUGAUAAUUCUAGCCUAUCGUACAUUAAGUUUGGUAUUUUUGGCAUUGAGAUUCCUAUUCAUGCUCAUUUAUGCCUAUUAUGACGCUGGAAGUGAGCGACGCCACAAACAAGUAUGAUCAUACAUGUUCUUGUUGAUGACACUCGUGUUUAAAAACAGCAAGACGAAACGAAGAGAAUCUUAAUUUAACACGGCUUUAAAACGCAGCGUUUAUGGGAUUUUAAACAACAACAACAACGAAAUAACUCAACGGUCAAAGAAUGGUGUACAUGGACCAAUAAUAAUAAUAAUAAUAAAAACAACACAGGUGGAACGCAGGGACGCGUCCAACGUGAACGGGCCGCAAAAAAUGUUGCAGGAGGCGUGUUGCGCGCUGUGGAGGUGUUUUCCUGCGGAGUUUCUGCUCCGUUAAUUCCUGGGUUUCCCCAAGGAUAGUCCCAGUGAUAUUCCCCUGGUAACCCGAGAAUCAGCCUUCAACCCAUCAGUACUUCUAAAAGCCUGUUUCGGUGUAGACUGAACCUCUGUCUGCACUGUUAGAUAAUAAUAAUAUUAAUAAUAAUAAUAAUUAAAAAAAAAAAAAAAAAAAAAAAUCGCUGUGAUUGUCCUACAUUGUGUUUGCAUUCUCUCUCUCUCUCUCUCUCUCUCUCUCUCUCUCUCUCUCUCUCUCUCUCUCUCAAAUUGCUUUAUUGGCAUGACAUACAUAUUGGUAAGUACAUUUUGUAAAAUCAUUACAAGAAAAACAAUGAAUACAGUAAACUGGACAUGAACAACAAGACAAAACAAUACUUGACAAGAAACAACUAAGACAUGUAACUGUGCUCGACAUAUACAGUAAAAUGAACUGCUGAAACAGGUGCUAGAUGUGUGUUCAUUUCGUAGUUUGUGGCAUUUGUUAAUGUGAUCGGCCACUAGGGGUGAAGUGGGUUCUUCACCAAGUAAGAUUUUCAGUUUGUCAUUUUCACUGAGGGAAUGAAACUCGGGGAUAAAUUGUUGUAAUUUCAUAUAUAAUUAAUCUCUGACGUGUGAGUAUUUUUCACAGUGAAGGAGGAAGUGUACCUCUGUCUCUACUUCACCUGAUGUUCAAUGGACACAUGUUCGAUCUUCUUUAGAUUGCCAUGUCUUUUUAUGCUUUCCUAUUUCAAUGGCCAGUUGGAGGUCACUUAGUCUGUAUUUGGUUAAUAGUUGUCCAUGUUUGGUAUUUCUGACCAAGAACAGAUAUUCAGCAAGGCUAUACCCUCUGUUGAGUUAAAGGUAAUGUUGUGGGUGACUUUGUGUUUUUGUUUGCUCCCUCCAGUGUUCCAUGUAUUUAUCGGUUUGGAGAUUCAUUAUUUAUUUUAUUCUUAUUAGUUGUUUUGAGUUGAUUUGGGGUGCUUUGUUUGUGAGUUGUGACACUAAUUUCAGAGAAGACUUUGUGGAUUGAGUUCUUGUGUUUUCAGUGCUUUAUAAUGAAGGGUAUCUUUAGAACUACAAAAUAAGUGAGUACCAAAAUUUUAACAUUCUUUUUUUAAUAUUUAAGUUGAGAGAUGGAUGAACGAGUUCUGCUCUACUUGCGUUAUUCGGUGUCGUUCUGUGGACAUGAAGAACACUUCUACAGAAUUCUACAUGUAAACCUUCUAUAGGAUGCUUGUCCCAAGCAUUAUGGCUAUAAUCACUUAAUGGAAACCAGACUUCACUUCCAUAUAAAGCAAUGGGGUGACACUAUGACACUAUCAAAUAUCUUUGUCCAAAUUCUGAUUGGAAUGUUUAUUAUGAAUAAUUUCAUUUUUUUGGCAUGCGUUGCUCUGCAGGCUUUUGUAAUUAAUGUUUUAAUAGCCAAAUUAAAAUUUCCAGUGGGGGUUAAGGCAAGUCCUAGGUAAAUAUAUUGUGAGGUAUGUUGAAGUUUGCUAUCAUUUAAAGUAUAUUUGUAUUUUUGCUCCAGAUUUCUUGUUUUUUCUGAAAUAUCAUAAUUUUAGUUUUUUAGACAUUGAUUUCUAGGGCCCAGUCUUGACAGAAUUGAUUUAGGAUGUCUAGAUUGUUUUGGAGACCUUCUGGUGUUUUAGAUAAAAUUAAUAGAUAAAAUAAGAAAAAUAUAUGACUUCCGUGUCCUGUAGUUCUAGUACUGGACUAGAAUAUAGUGUACAUGUAUGUUGUUUCAUAAAUGGAAAAAAAUGUGUACAUUUAAAUCUGUCCAGCAGGUCUGCUAAUUCAUUAAUAUAAAUGUUAAAUAAAGUCAGGCUGAGGCAGCAGCCUUGUCUUACGCCUCGAUGCUGGGAAAAAUAUUCUGUUCUUCUCUGACCAAUUUAUUUAUUUUUAUUUUUAUACACAUUUAUUUUGGGUGUACAUAUUUUUAAUUAUGUCAUAUACCUUACCCCCUAUGCCACUUUGAAUAAUUUUAUAUAAUAAACCUUUAUGCCAAAUGAAGUCAAAAGCCUUCUUGAAAUCUACGAAGCAUGCAAAUAUUUUGCCCUCUUUCUUUUGGCGUACAUGUUUGUUAAUUAAUGUGUUUAGUGUAAAUAUAUGGUCAGUGGUUCGAUGUUCCAGAAGGAAACCAAUUUGAGAUUUGCUGAUGGCAUUAUGUUCUUUAAUGAAAGAUGAAAUUCAUGAGUUGAUAAUGGAACAGAAUACUUUUCCUAAGUUACUGGUUACACAGAUUCCACUGUAGUUAUUGGGAUCUGUUUUGUCUCUACUUUUAAAGAUUGGAGAGAUAAGCCCUUUAUUCCACACAUCAGGGAAAACACCCGACAUCAAAAUCAUAUUAAAGAGUUUCAGCAAUGUAUUCUGUAAUACAGGAAAGCUGUUUUUUAGCAUCUCAUUUCUGAUGUUAUCAGGACCACAGGAUUUAUUGGAUUUAAGGGAUUUUAGUUUUUCAAUUAGUUCUAGUUGGGUUAUUGGAUAAUCUAGUGGAUUUUGGUUGUUUUUGAUUUAUGACUCAAGAGUAUUCAACUUUUCAAGGAUUUUUGUUUGAUUAGGGUCAUUUAUAUGAUUUGAUGGGUAUAGAGGUUUUCAAAAUAAUCUUUCCAAAUUUUGCCAUCUUGUAUGACUAAUUUCUGUAGUUUUCUAGUGCCAAAGCCAUUCCAUAGGCUCAAGAAUUGACUCCGGUCUAUUGUGUUUUCAAUAUUCUUUAGGGUCUGGUUGUAGUAUUUCUGUUUUUUCUGUCUUAGUAUCUUUUUGUAUUGUUUAAGAAGUUUUGAGUGUUCUAAACGUAACUCCUUGUUGACUGGAUUUUUAUGUUUUUGGUUUGAAAUCAGUCUUGGUUUGACCGUGUUUGUAAAUCAAUUAGGCAAGAACUAUUUUUUGGGAGGUUUUUGUUUAGUGCCUCUUUUGUACUCAUUUGAUUUUAUUUCCCUUAAAUUUGCUUUUCUUGCUGUAUUUUCCAAAAUUUCAUAAAUGUGUUUGUGGCAGCGGGUCAAGCGUCUCUCCGGAGAGAGAAAAAGCGGUAAGGGUGCUUGCACCUGAGCUAAAUUAUGUCUAACACCUGUCUCUAAUUACAGUGAGCAUGGGGAGAGCGGCAUAAAAGAGCCACACCAUCAGCAGACCAGUGAGAGAGAGCCUGGGUCCCCAGAGUUAUGUUUAUGAAGCUAAGAGUUUAUUAUAGUUAAGUUGCAGAGAUUGUUAUUCUAACACGGAAGAAGUUAUUAUUGUAAAGUUGAGAGCAGUGUGGUCAUUAAAAACCCUAGAGCAACCUGCCUCCCACCUCCUCCUUUCCAAGGAACAUCCACACUGGUGCCGAAACCUGGGAAAAUUUUUUGGUUGAAGAUGGACGGAAGUCGCUCCGUAGAGUCCUCCCAGUUGGCUGAGAUCCUCCAAGCCCUUGCUGGCCUACAUCGGAACCACCAGCAAACCCUGCUUGAGCUCCGGCAAGAUCAAGAUCGCCAGUUUGUGGAGCUCCUACGCGCUCAAGCAGAGGACCGGCAGGUGAUCCGGAGCCUCCUCAGCCAGGAGGCAUCCCCAGCUGCGAACCCAGACACCCACACGCCGUUGCCCCCGCCUGCGCUACAGAAGAUGGGGACGGCGGACGACCCCGAGGCAUUCCUGGAUUUGUUUGAGCACACCGCCGAGAUCUGGGGCUGGCCGCUCGGCCAGUGGGCGGCCCGACUUAUUCCGCUGUUGUCUGGGGAAGCCCAGCUCGCGGCUCAACAACUGCCGGCGACGAGCCUCCUGGCUUAUGGUGACCUGAAGAAAGCCAUCUUGCAAUGGGUUGGUCGGAGUCCGGAAGAGAAUCAUCAACUCUUCCGGAGCCUGAAGCUGGAGAACUCCGACCGCCCAUUUGCCUUCGCCCAAUGGCUCCGCGACGCCUGCCGAAGAUAGCUGCUAGCGGGGGACUGCGGCGUCGACGGAAUCAUCGACCAGGUGGUACUGGAGCAAUUAAUACAUCGACUGCCAAAAGGUACGGCGGAGUGGGUCCAGUGCCACCGCCCGGCAUCGCUGGAGGAAGCCGUCCGGCUUGCGGAGGACCACAUGGCAGCGAUCCCAAGGGCGGAAGAGCCCUCCUACUCUCUCUCCCUUCCCCCUGUGUUUUCCCCUGUCUCAUCCCCCUCCCCUCUCUCCUCUCGUUCUGCUCUUUCCCCAGGGCCUGUUCCUGCCCCAUGCAGGUGAGGAGGACUUCAGCCAAUGAGACCAGCUCCCCGGGUGUGGGGGAGCUCCCGACACCUCCACCUACCCCGAUGCCCCACCAUUCUCCCUCUCAGGUGGGGGCGCCCACCGACACAAGUGCGGGCGUUGCGCCUGGGCCAGCCUGCUGGAGGUGUGGGGACCCGGACCACUUCUGGGAUCAGUGCCCUCUGAUGGAGCUGGGGACGUUGGUACAGGUCUCUGACCUCCCGCAGGCUGCCCCCGACCGGACCGGUGCAUACCGGAUACCGGUAAGUGUCAAGGGGGGUACCCACCAAGCGUUGGUGGACACCGGGUGUAAUCAAACCACUAUCCACCAACGCUUGGUUCAACCCGAGGCUUUGGGCACAGCUGAAAUGGUGAGGGUGAAGUGUGUGCACGGGGAUAUUCACAAGUAUCCUGUGGUGACUCUGACGAUUAAAUUCCGGGGGAAAAAGCAUAGAGUGGAGGCCGCAGUUAGUUCCUGCCUCACCCAUCCGCUGAUUUUGGGGACGGAUUGGCCUGACUUUAGAGAUUUAUUAGAAUUUGUGCGGAUGGGUCCUGUACUAAAUUAGGGAGAUGUGCAAUGUGCGAUGUUCUGGCAGGGGAGGCGGAGCUGGGGCCAUCCUCGAAAGCUCCACGUCAUAAUGACGAGAGAGGAGGAGAGGCUGCAGCUCCUCCCCUUCUCAGGGAAUUCCCUGAGGGAGAUUUUCCUUUGGAGCAGCCGCGAGACGAAACCCUCAAACACGCCUUCGACCAAGUGAGAGUCAUCGAUGGUCAACGACUCCAGCCGGACAUCGCCCUUUCAUACCCCUAUUUUACAAUUAUAAAUGAGCAGUUGUAUAGAGUGACACAGGACGCUCAGACUAAAGAAGAUACAACCCAACUUUAGAUACCACGGAGCCGUCGGGAAAUGGUAUUCCAGGCGGCUCAUUAUAAUCCCAUGGCAGGUCACGUAGGAGAAAGGAAAACACUGAACCGUCUAAUAGCCCGCUUCUAUUGGCCGGGCAUUGGCGGCGAUGUCCACAGGUGGUGUGUGGCAUGCCACGAAUGUCAGCUGGUUAACCCACCGGCCACCUCAAAAGUGCCAUUGCGCCCUCUUCCGUUGAUCGAGGUCCCCUUUGAAAGAAUUGGAAUGGACCUCGUCGGGCCAUUAGAACGGUCGGCACACCGGACAUCGAUUUGUAUUGGUCCUAUUGGACUAUGCAACGCGAUAUCCGGAAGCAGUGCCUCUUUGCAACAUCUCAGCACGCAGUGUUGCGGAGGCACUCUUCAAAAUAAUCUCCCGGGUGGGGAUUCCGAAAGAAAUCCUCACCGAUCAAGGCACAACGUUUAUGUCACGGACACUACGCAAGCUGUAUGAAUUAUUGAGCAUUAAAUCGAUUCACACCAGCGUGUACCAUCCUCAAACAGAUGGCCUGGUGGAACGAUUUAAUAAAACCCUUAAAAACAUGAUUCGUAAUUUGUGCACGACGAUGCUAGAUUGGGAUAAAUGGCUCGACCCCCAGUUAUUUGCAGUACGAGAGGUCCCGCAAGCCUCCACUGGCUUCUCCCCAUUUGAGCUGCUGUAUGGGCGACGCUCACGCGGUGUGCUUGAUGUAUUGCGAGAGGCCUGGGAGGAGGGACCUUCAAAUAGUAAGAAUUAAAUUCAAUACGUUCUUGAUCUUAGAGCCAAACUCCACACUUUGGGGCAACUAACAUAGGAGAAUUUGCUCCAAGCUCAAGAACGACAGCGCCGACUGUAUGACAGGGGAACUCAGCUAAGGGAAUUUGCACCAGGAGAUACAGUGCUUGUAUUACUUCCCACAUCGAGCUCUAAAUUACUCGCCAUGUGGUAAGGGCCCUUUGAGGUCACACGACGAGUGGGGGAUCUCGAUUAUGAGGUUAAACGAACUGAUAGAGGGGGCACACGUCAAAUAUACCACCUCAACCACCAGAAAUUGUGGAGGGAGGCGGUCCCUGUGAUGUUGGCUACGGUAGUUCCAGAGAAGGCGGAGCUCGGACCCGAGGUAAAUUCAAAACAUAAACAGUUCACCCCGGUCACUUGCGGAGACCACCUCUCACCGAGUCAACUCGUGGAGGUUGCCAGGUUGCAACAGGAAUUUGCAGAUGUGUUCUCCCCUCUACCGGGUCGUAUGAACCUCAUUCACCACCACAUCGAGACCGAGCUGGGGGUCGUGGUAGGUAGCCGCCCCUACCGAUUACCCGAACACAAAAAGAAAAUCAUUCGGGAAGAAUUGGACGCAAUGCUCGAUAUGGGGGUAAUAGAAGAAUCCCACAGUGAUUGGUCCAGCCCAGUGGUUCUAGUGCCUAAGAGCAACAGGUCUGUAUGGUUCUGUUUGGAUUAUAGGAAAGUCAACGCGGUGUCUAAAUUUGCCGCAUAUCCAAUGCCUCGUGUUGAUGAGUUGCUCGAUCGGUUGGGCACUGCUCAAUUUUAUUCGACAUUGGAUUUGACGAAGGGUUAUUGGCAGACCCCCUUGACACCAAUUUCCCGUGAAGAAACCGCCUUCUCCACACCUUUUGGAUUACACCAGUUUGUGACACUUCCGUUCGGUUUGUUCGGGGCCCCAGCUACGUUUCAGCGUCUCAUGGACCGAAUUCUCAGACUGCAUUCAGCUUAUGCCGCUGCCUAUUUAGAUGACAUCAUCAUUUACAGCAAUGAUUGGCAUCGGCACAUGCAACAUCUGAGGGCAGUUCUGAGAUUGCUGCACCGAGCAGGACUCACAGCAAACCCAAAGAAGUGCGCGAUUGGGUGGGUGGAGGUAUAGUAUCUGGGGUUCCACUUGGGCCACGGGCAGGUGCAUCCCCAAAUUGAUAAGACAGCAGCAAUUGCGACCUGCCUGAGGUCCAAGACCAAAAAGGGGGUGAGACAGUUCCUAAGGCUGGCUGGCUAUUAUAGAAGGUUCGUACCUAACUAUUCGGACGUCACCAGCCCGCUGACUGAUCUCACUAAAAAGGGAGCUCCAGACCCGGUCCAGUGGAUGGAGCAGUGUCAGCAGGCGUUCACGCAAGUUAAAGCCACACUUUGCGGGGGGCCGCUUUUACAUUUACCCGAUUUCUCUCCCCCUUUUGUUUUACAGACAGAUGCUUCAGACAGAGGGCUAGGGGCCGUGCUCUCGCAGGUGGUGGAGAGGGAGGAGCGCCCGGUGCUGUACAUUUGCCGCAAACUCUCAUUGAGGGAAACUAAGUACAGCACCAUCUUGCCAUCAAGUGGGCGAUCCUCACUCUCCGAUACUACCUGUUGGGGUGGACCUUCACCCUCUGCUCGGAUCACGCCCCACUCCAAUGGCUCCACUGCAUGAAGGAUACCAACGCGCGGAUCACCCGUUGGUAUCUGGCUCUUCAGCCAUUUAAAUUCAAGGUGGUCCACAGACCGGGGGCGCAGAUGGCUGCCGCCGAUUUCCUUUCCAGAAAUGGGGGGGUGGAGGGAGUGGUAGGCAGGCCGGAUGCCUCCCCGGCCCGAGUCGGGCAGUGGGGAUAUGUGGCAGUGGGGGCGUGGUCAAGCAUCUCUCCGGAGAGAGAGAAAGCGGUAAGGGUGCUUGCACCUGAGCUAGAUUAUGUCUAACACCUGUCUCUAAUUACAGUGAGCACGGGGAGAGCGGCAUAAAAGAGCCACACCGCCAGAAGACCAGUGAGGUCCCCAGAGUUAUGUUUGUGAAGCUAAGAGUUUAUUAUAGUUAAGUUGCAGAGAUUGUUAUUCUAACACGGAAGAAGUUAUUAUUGUAAAGUUGAGAGCAGUGUGGUCAUUAAAAACCCUAACCUGUGAGUAGAGCAACCUGCCUCCCGCCUCCUCCUUUCCACGGAACAUCCACAGUGUUUGAUAGCCAAAUCAACUCCUUGAUUGUAAGCAUAUGUUGAGUUAUUAAAUGUUCUGAUAGAAUCGACUAUUUCAUUUGAAUUUAAUGCUUUAAUAUAUGUACCAGCAGUACUAUGAGUCAGUUUGUACGAUUUAGGUUUACACAGAUCAGCUGGCUUUUUAUUUUGGGCUUCUGAUAUUUUUUAAUUUUAAUGAAAACAUUGAUCUGAUUGUGGUCAGAAAAGGGUGAUUGAGCUUUGAUGGUAAAUUAAUUAAAGUAGGAGGGGCUUAUAUUUGUUAUGGCAUAAUCUAUUACACUGUUCCCCAGAUCUGAACUGCAAGUAUAGCAUCAACAAGAAUCUCCUUUGAUUCUGCCAUUGAGAAUAUAAAGAUCUAGGAUUUGACAGAGUUGCAGUACAUCCUUUCCAUUUUUGUUGAGUACUGUAUCUUGAUUACAUCUUUGUAGCAAGAGCAUUGAUGAGAUCUUGAGGUAUUUGAGUGAACAGUUGCUUAUCUCCUGAGUUACUUAUGCAUUUUGGCUCAGAGCCAGUUCUAGCAUUGGAAUCUCCAUAUAGUAAAAUUGUUCUCUGAGUUUGAUACUGACUAAUUUCUCUUUCAAAAGAAUCAAAAAUUUCAUCAUUGUAAUAUGGAGAAUCGUAUGUUAGUAUGUAAAUUCCACAAAUAUACAGAUCUUUAUCCAGGAUUCCAAAGCUUCUGUCUAAUUUUAACCAUACAGGUGCAUCUCAAUAAAUUAGAAUGUUGUGGAA